AUGAAUAUGUUGCCUCCAGUGAUCAUACAAAGGCCACGUGGACAUCCUACCUUCAUAGAGCAAAUGGUUUGCCCAGCAUUAGACUUUGCAAGGGUUCAUUUGAUCAAAGACAAAGAUGGCAUAGAUGAUUAUUUGGCGAAGAAUAUCAAAGGGCUGUCAAAACAAGAAGCUGCUGCUUGCAGGAAUUCAUACAAGAAGAACAUCUGCAUAGACAUGCUGCGACAGGGUUAUCACAAGUCCUUCUCCGAGCUCUUCACUCUGAUACAGAAGUGGAAUGCCUUGAGGGAGGCUGCAGGGCCUGGGUCAGCCAUAUGGCAGCAGAAGUCCCUGGAGGAGCAGCCUGAUAAGCUGGAUCAGCUUUACCACUUCCUGACCAGGGCUGAGGCAGCCCAGCGAGCAGGGCAUUAUGAGGAAAUGUACAAUAACCAGCUUAAUUUGGCCUACUGCUUCAAUGACCCUGGGGACAAAUGGUUAAGGGAUUACUUUUACGAACAAUGCUUUAACACUGCUCAACUAAUAAAAAUUGAUGGUGGGAAAAAAGAGGCACAAGCACAUGCAAAUAUGGGCCUUAUCUAUGAGGAACAAGGUCAUAUCAUGAAAGCUGCUGAACACUAUGAAGCAUUUUAUGAGUUAACAGUGGGUUCGACAUGGAAGGAUGAGACAGGCCGUACUUACAAUUCACUAGCAUGUGAAUAUCUCUGGAAAAUGUAUACAAUUCUAGCAGACAAAAUGCUAGAAGAUAAAGAACACCAACAGGCCAUCAAAACACUAACAAAAGCUUUAAAAUUGGCAAAAGAAGGCGGUGAUACGAAGAUGGAAGGAGAAGCUGCCUAUUGCUUAGGUUUAGCAUAUCAUUUUGCUGGAGAAGAACAGACAGCAAUACCAAUUUUGAAUACCUCUGUAAAAAUCUUCACAGGACUGUGUGAUUCAGCUGGCCUGGGCAGAGCAUAUGAAGCUAUAACCAAGAUUCUGGUAAGUCAGGGAAAAGUGACUGAAACUGCUAUGUACUUGGAAGAAUUUGUGAAGGUUGCUGAGAAUGCUCAUCUAAGCCGAAGCCUGGUGGAUGCAUGCGUAUUACUUGGGAAUCUUUGCAAUGAAAGAGGUCACUAUAAUGAAGCAUUUGAAUAUUUCAGUCGAGCUUUUGAGGCAGCAAACACUUUAAGUAGUUUGCCCUUAGUGGAUGAAACAAAGACUUAUUAUGGCAUUGCAAGGGCUCAUAAAAUGAUGGUGGCAGUAAACAACCAUACAGAAGCAGCAGAUCUCGUCAGCAUGAAGUACCUGCUGGCAUGGAAGGAGAAUAGAAGUGACAUGUGUACUGACCCUCUUACAGUCGAACUUAAUAAAGAAACAAGCGCCUCAAACCCCCUGUGAACCUCUUUGAAAGACGUCGGUUCAGGAUCCUUCCAG